AUGGGUAGUGAGGUCCUAGCAGACCGAGACGGCGGGGGCGAUGAGAAUGACCGGGAUGAUAAGGGUGAUCAGGGUGAUCAUAAAGAUGGUAAUGGUGCUGAGGAGGAAGAGAAAGAAGUCUUGGGCGACGAUAAAGACCAUAAAGACCAUGAAGUCGAAGAAGUCGAAGAAGUCAAACCAGCCUCUCCUAUGACUGCAGAACAAAAAAUAAUGUCACCGAAGAUUCCAGACCGCACGUACCAACUGGCAACUGCGAAAGAUGUGUAUUUCAUUUUCGCCAUUCUCGAUUCCAUGAAAGCUGUCCUAAGUGAGAAAUCUACCAAGCCUGGAGCUUUCCAUAAUGCUGGUAAGACGAAGCCGUCGAAGUUCACACAAAACCGCGGCCAAGGAUACACCAUGCCGAGAAAAGACGACGAUUCAGUGUUGAGAGAUUUAUUCGCCAUGCAUGUCGUAUGCGGUUGA